AUGUCCCAAGACCAGAAGUCACUCAUCAACUCAAAUUCUCAAGGAGCUGGCGUCCGCUUGGAUCGGCUCGAGGAGGUAUUAAUUCGCCUGAAAGUCCAGCUCACUGCAGUUACCACUAACGGCCCGCGGCGAACACCAAACCGUCGCCGUACUUCCUCCGUUUCCCACACUCGCCGUUCACAAUCUCCAAGUAGCGUCUGCUGGUAUCACCAACAAUUUGGAGGAACAGCUCGACGAUGUCUUCAGCCAUGCUCUUUCAAGGCAUCUGUAACGGCCUCAGGGAGACGAUCCCACCCGACAGUAGAGGCCACUGCUACUGAAAGCGUUGCCAAUCUUCACACUCGCCGUCUGUUUCUCUGGGACCGUAUCGCUGGCGCCAAAUUCCUUGUCGACUCUGGUGCCGAGGUUAGCGUGGUUCCACCAACUCCGGCCGAACGUAAAACCCGCAGCUCUUUUUGUCUAACAGCUGCCAACAACUCCAGCAUCCUCACAUUUGGACAGCGUUCCAUCACACUUGAUUUGGGCCUUCGUCGAAUUUUCCGAUGGGUUUUCAUUAUUGCCGACGUUUCCGUCGCCCUCAUAGGCGCCGAUUUCCUAGCUCACUUCAAUCUUCUAGUUGAUUUGAAGAAUCGCCGACUCGUCGACUGCAUCACCGACCUUCAUGCCCGAUGUCAAUCCGAUGUGAACCCCUGCGUCAACCCUCUCACUGUUAUGCCCAUCUCUGACUGUCCUUUCCACUCACUCCUCAGGCAGUUUCCCCGCCUGACCAACCCCUCAUUUCGUGAAGUGGACAUCAAACACACAGUCACUCACCACAUUUCCACCAAUGGACCUCCCAAAUCUUGCCGACCACGUCGUCUAGCACCGGACCGUUUGAAGAUCGCCAAGGCAGAGUUCGAACACAUGCUUGAGCUCGGCAUCAUCCGACAGUCCGACAGCUGCUGGGCAUCACCCCUCCAUCUUGUUCCAAAGAAGAGCGGCGACUGGCGACCGUGUGGUGACUAUCGGGCGUUGAACUCAGCGACGGCCCCCGACCAGUAUCCCGUCCCGCACAUCCAAGACUUCACUCUUUCGCUACAUGGUAAGCGAAUAUUCUCUAAGAUCGACCUUGUGCGUGCCUACCACCAAAUCCCAAUCGAGGCCAGUGAUGUGCCGAAGACUGCAGUGACCACUCCCUUUGGGUUAUUCGAAUUUACUCGUAUGCCCUUUGGUCUGAGGAACGCCACUCAAACCUUUCAGCGAUUCAUUGAUCAGGUUCUGCGAGGUCUCGACUUAGUCUACGCCUAUAUUGAUGAUUUGCUGGUGGCUAGUUCUGACGCUGCUGAACACGAGCUUCAUCUUCGACAACUCUUCGAACGACUCGACUCCUUCGGCGUUGUAAUAAAUGCUGCUGAAUGUGAAUUUGGAGUCCCCAGCCUUAUCUUUCUUGGUCACGAAGUGAACUCAGAUGGGAUAAAGCCCGUCCCGGAAAAAGUUUCGGCCAUAUCAACGUUCCCCGUCCCGACAACCAUCAGCCAACUACGCCGAUUCUUGGGGAUGGUGAACUACUAUCACCGUUUUCUUCCCCAUGGUGCCACCAUACUGCAGCCUCUCAACAGCUUGAUGACCCACUCCAAGAAGACACUAGUGAUGACCGAGGAGGCCGUCAGGUCCUUCAAUGACGUCAAGGCCGCACUUGCGGACGCAACAUUGCUUGCCCAUCCUCGCUCAGAUGCCCAGCUAACUCUCAUGACAGAUGCUUCCAGCACUGCAGUUGGUGCAUCACUGCAGCAAACUGUUGUUGGUGUUCUACAACCUUUGGCUUUCUUCUCGAAGAAGCUCAGCCCUGCAGAGACCCGCUACAGUGUCUUCGGCCGAGAACUCCUUGCCGUUUACCUAUCCAUCCGGCACUUCCGCCAUUUCCUCGAGGGUCGUGAAUUUGUUGUUCUAACAGAUCACAAGCCACUCGUUUUCGCACUGAGGGCCUCUCCCGAUCGAUACUCGCCCCGUGAAAUUCGUCAUCUAGACUUCAUCUCACAGUUUUCCUGCGUCAUCCAACAUGUCCACGGUAAGGAAAAUGUGGUUGCCGAUGCUCUUUCAAGAAUCGAGAUGGCUUCCAUCACAACUGACGCCAUAGACUUCACACUCAUGGCUGAGGCUCAGCGAUCGGAUGACGAGCUCUCCCAAUACCGCCACGAGAACUCUUCUUUACGCCUUCAAGAUGUCCCCCUUCCCACUGGCACUGGCACCAUCACGUGUGACCUUUCUACCGGACACGAACGUCCUUUUGUUCCAGCAACUUUACGACGACGAGUGUUCAACGCUCUUCACAAUCUAUCCCACCCUGGAGUCCGGGCGACAGUGAAACUCAUCACGGACCGAUUCGUCUGGCCCAACAUCAACCGGGAUGUACGGCGUUGGACCCGCUCCUGUCUACCAUGUCAACGAGCCAAAACGCAUCGGCAUACUAUUACUCCGCCAGGAACUUUCGCCACUCCUGAUGCACGCUUCAGUCAUGUGCAUAUUGACCUGGUAGGUCCACUGCCACCAUCUAACGGUUCUACCUAUAUGCUGACAUGUAUUGAUCGCUUUACUCGGUGGCCGGUUGCUGCGCCCAUUCCGGACAUCAAUGCCGAAACCGUAGCAAGAGCUUUCUUGAUUCAUUGGGUGUCCAAUUUUGGAGUUCCUGCGACUGUCACCACUGACCGCGGAUCCCAAUUCGAGUCCACGCUGUUUCGCGAACUCAUUUCCCUUCUCGGUACCAACCGAAUCCGAACAACAGCGUACCACCCUCAAGCAAAUGGUCUCGUCGAACGCUUCCAUCGACAGCUCAAAACUUCCCUUAUGGCCCAACCCAAUCCUUCCCGAUGGUCGGAUCACCUUCCCCUGGUGCUGUUGUCCCUCCGUACCACUCUCAAGGCCGACAUUGGUUGCACUGCGGCUGAUCUUGUCUACGGAACCUCCCUACGACUGCCCGGUGAGUUAGUGUCUCCCUCAAACAUGCUAACGUUUUUCGAACCUUGCAGUUAUGUGGAGCAGCUGCGUAGUGUCAUGCGCAAUCUCCGCGCAACGCCCCCUCGGGCGUCACCGGCCAAUUUCUUCAUCCCUCCCGACCUAGAUAAGUGCAAUUUCGUCUUGGUUCGGCAUGACGCUGUCCGACGACCACUCCAACCACCCUAUGACGGGCCGUAUAAAGUCCUUCGUCGAUCUGACAAAGAUGUUGUCAUCGACCGCAACGGCAAGACCGACACAGUCAGCACUGAUCGCGUCAAGCCGGCGUUCAUCGACGACAGUGACCAUUCCUCACCCCAACACUGCACCCCGCCACAAACACUGAUGCCUCCACCUACUGGCGACAGCCCCCCUCCGGUUCGCCGCACACGAUCUGGUCGUCACGUCCACUGGCCCGACCGGUUUGUGGCUGGCUAG